AUGCCAUCUACAUCUCUUCAUCUGGUAAUUUCCAGACGAUCUGUAGCAACGACUACGGUGGCCAUGAUCUUGAUGGUCUUGACACUGCCACUUUCGCCGACUGCACCGACGCUAGCGCUGCUGAUGAGAAAUGCGUUCACGUUUAGAUUCAAAAACGGAGCGUGUUACUCCAAGUUUUCCUUGAGCGAGCUCUCGAGUGUGGGCUCCGUCUGUCCUGUUAAGCUUUUUGGCACCCGCCCUAGCGCCGGUUCUAAUGCCGUCAUUUUCCCCAGUGCCACUGCCUCUGCCAGCGACUCUGCGUCCGCCAUCGCUUCUGCCACAAGCACUCUUAUCCCUGAGUUCAACGAGGCAAUCGCCAAUAAUGGCACUGGGAAUUGCAAUGUCAAGUAUCAUAAUGUUGAAAUUGAGAGUGCUUUCACUCUCGGGUGCGGCAUUGACGAUUGGGGCGCUGAUAUUGGAACUCCAUCAGGAUUAAGUACCUUCGGAGAGUACAUGGGUUACUGCGACGGCGACACUGAGUGCAUUAUUGUAACCUGUGACUAG